GCCUCCGUGCGGGACACGUCCUGGCGAUAAUGAAGGAGAAGAUGCCGGAGAUAGAGUUCGUGGGUUAUCACGACCCGCAGCCGGCCUUCCUGUCCAAGAUUGGCGAGGACGUUCCCCCGUUCGACAGCGUCGAGGAGAUGCUUCGAGAGACCAAGCCCGACCUCUUCUUCGUCGGCUCUCCCAACAACUUCCACCUGGAACACAUCAAGGCCGGCCUGGCCGCCGGCGUCCGCGUCUUCACGGAGAAGCCCGUCGUCAUCUCCGAGCAGGAGACGCUGGAGCUGGCGGCGCUGCUCAAGGAGCACGGCCCGGAUCGGGUGAUGGUGGGGCUGGUGCUGCGGUACUCGAAGCACAUGUCCGACCUGCGUGCCGUGUUGGGGAAGCUGGGACCCGUCGUGAGCCUGGAGGCGAACGAACACAUCGGCCCGUACCAUGGCGCGUUCUUCAUGCGCGACUGGCGGAGGCUGUCCAAGCUGUCGGGGGGUUUCAUGCUAGAGAAGUGCUGUCACGACCUUGACAUCUACAACAUGAUGACCGGCUCGCGACCGGUAAAGGUGGCGAGCUUCGGAGGCAAGAAGUCCUACCUGCCGGAGUACGCCCCCGCGUCUGAGACGAAAGAAGACGGGAUCAUGCACACCAAGGAGAGCGUGUGGAACGGCGUCGACGACGCCUUUCGCAGCGACAGCGACAUCAUCGACCACCAGACGGCCAUCCUGCAGUACGAGACGGGCGCGUCGAUGGCCUUCCACACGAACCUCAACGUGCCCGACGAACACAGGCGGUUCUGCGUGAUGGGCGCCCGCGGGAUGAUCGAGGGCGACUUCGUCCGCGGCUACCUCAAGGCCACCCUCCGGGACGGUAGCAUCAUCGCCGACCACGACUACAACGACCUCGACGAGGCCAAGAAGGCGGCGCACUACGGCGCCGAUGAUCUGAUGGUGGCAGACGUCGCCGCGUUCCUGAGGGGCGAGGCCAUAGAGCUGCCCGUGGGCAUAGUCGAUGCGCUUGAGGCCGGGCUCGUUGCAAUCGCCUUGGACAGGGCGCGGGUUUCUGGGGAGAUGGUGGACAUGUCUGAAACCUGGGCAGCUUUUGAUGCGUUCGGGCUGAGGGGAUCGACGUGAGGGUCGACUUUGUGUGCAGGAGCUCCGUGAUGAGGGAUCGACAGCCGAUCGACCACUUGGCUACCCCUACGAUGUGUUGAAAGCCCUUUGGUGUUUGUCAUUUUUUCUGAUGUUGCGCAGAUGCCACUCUACUAUUUAAAGGCGUUGGCGUUAUGCGGUAGAGAGCAACAUGACGUAUUUUUUCGGGCAGAACAUGCUGCCAAAUCGCGUGUGUCGUCGUCUGAGUUAUUCCACGUAUGUAUCAUAUUUCAUGGUGAGAAUUGACUGCAGAUUUCAAUGUGAAAUCACGGAGGGAUCGCCGGCAGGCAGCGGCGAUGGUUAAAGGCCACAGUGGAGAGAGUCUACAGUUGCCGACAAAUCGGCUUUGGAGAGGGAAGGGGGGGGGGUAGCAGUUGCCCUACUGGGUAGCAGCAACAGAUGGUGAGGAGCAGGAGCAUCUAAAUAGACCAUGCGUCAUGAAGAUGGCGAUGCGUUGCUUUCUGUUUGCGGUUGUAUGCAGCGGCAGAGAGAGAGGGCGGGAAAUGUUUGGGAGCAUCGAUAGCAGGGCGUUGAGUACCAAGACCCUCUGGGACGAGAUGCCUGUAGACAAUAAGUCGUGCAAGCCGAGGAUUUUUUGUGUAGGAGCCAACCAAGCUGCUGGGGGGAAGAGGGGGGUAUCUGUGGUGCUGAUCUCUGGUCAGCAGAAGUGGAAGGCGCCUCCGAACCUCUUGGGAAUUUUUGCGACACGUCGCGUCUAGUACCCUUGCCUGUGUGAGAAGGGGGCAGCAGUGAUGGCAGGUUGAGGAUCAGGAAUGCCCUGCACAAUUACCCAGCAGCCGCGCGCUACAUCAGUCGAUGCUAUAUCUCCGUCUGCGGCGCUCUCCAUACAAGAUAGAAGGACCGUGCCGGAGGGGCAUGGCCCCAGUGACGUAAGGUCCGCUGUUGUCAGCUGCUGAGCAGUCGAAGAAGGAAUUGAGUGGGUGCUGCUUAUUGAGUUGACGUGAAGAGGCGUCUUUCUUUCUCGUCGAGUUGAAGAGUGCUCAUUGACGCGGAUGGGAAGCCCGCGAAAUUGUAGAGAAGGUGGUAUGGCACUUCCUAGAGAGUGUUCAUUGAGUCUGUUGAAUAAGUGUUCGUGUACAUGACCAAGGGUUAUGCAAGUAUGAUUGUCCAUGCGUAGCUCCACAUGUGCUUCCUCUCCUCUCCAUGCAUAUCGCUGGGUGUGAACGUUUCUUGGCGCUGCCCAAUGCCGACUUCGCGUUUGGGUUAUUAUGUCGUACACCUUUGCCAUGU